AUGAGCAACGAAAGUGGAGCUUCGUCAGGGACAUCAGGUAUUCGAAGAAGAGGAACAAUGGUCGGUGUGCCGAAGAGAUGCUGGUGUGGCGAAAUCGUGGUAGCAAGAAUGUCAAAGUCCGAAGCUAAUCCUUAUCGGCGAUAUUACCGUUGUGCAUAUGCAGUGGAGCGAAAAGCUUUGGCGGAUGAGAUAGAAAUAUUGGGGAUGAGGACCGAAAGACUUGAGCAACAAAACCAGAUUGCGAAUUUGGAGCUAGAGAUGCUGAGGUUUGAGAAAGAAAUUCUUGAAAAGGUUGAAGGAGUUGUGGGUGAAGCAAAGUCUGAGUUGAAGAAACUGAUGGUUAUUGUUGCUCUAGGUUGCUUGAGCAUUGUCGUGUGCUCUAAGCUAAUAGGUUGA